GCCCAAAAAUAAAAAGGCAAAGUAAUAUUUGUGGAAAUUAAAUCUAGAGAGUAGAAGAAAUAUUCAUUUAUUUUUUUCUAAAAAAAAAAAGAAAAAAGAAAAUAAAAUUUUCAAUGCCUUGGAGAGAAACUAGAAAACAGAUGGGAGGAUGGCCAAGUUGCUUUGGGUUGCGUGGAGAAGAGACUGAGCAGGUGUGGCGCAAACGCGGCCGCGACAGCGACACAAAGCCUCCAAAGAAGCCAUCGAAAUCUCGUCGUAAGCGAAUUCAAUUCGCAGAGAACGAAGAAGACGACGAAGCUCUGAAGAUGAGUACGACUGGGACGCUCAAACCCUCGAGCUCUGAAUUGGACCUGGAUCGCCCUAACAUCGAGGAUUAUCUCCCUUCGGGAUCUUCAAUCCAACAAGAACCUGACGGGAAGCUUCGCCUUCGCGAUUUGCUCGAUAUUUCACCGACCUUGACCGAGGCCGCUGGCGCCAUUGUCGAUGACUCGUUCACGCGAUGCUUCAAGUCGAAUUCUCCGGAGCCUUGGAACUGGAAUAUCUAUCUCUUUCCUUUGUGGUGUUUCGGAGUUGUGUUUCGCUAUUUCAUUUUGUUUCCUUUGAGGGUUAUAGUCUUGACAUUAGGAUGGAUAAUUUUCCUGUCUUCAUACAUUCCCGUGCACUUUCUGUUGAAAGGGCAUGAAAAGUUAAGGAGAAAGUUAGAGAGGCUUUUGGUGGAGUUAAUUUGCAGCUUUUUUGUUGCAUCUUGGACUGGGGUGGUCAAAUAUCAUGGGCCGCGGCCUAGCAUGCGGCCUAAUCAGGUUUUUGUGGCCAAUCAUACAUCCAUGAUUGAUUUCAUCAUCUUAGAACAGAUGACUGCAUUUUCAGUUAUCAUGCAAAAGCAUGCUGGAUGGGUUGGACUAUUGCAAAGCACUAUUCUGGAGAGUGUUGGCUGUAUUUGGUUCAAUCGCACAGAGUCUAAGGAUCGAGAAAUUGUGGCAAGGAAAUUAAGGGAACACGUGCAGGGGGCUGAUAAUCCCCUUCUUAUAUUCCCUGAAGGAACUUGUGUAAAUAACCACUACACUGUUAUGUUCAAAAAGGGUGCAUUUGAGCUCGGAUGUUCAGUUUGCCCAAUUGCGAUCAAGUACAACAAGAUCUUCGUUGAUGCUUUUUGGAAUAGCAGAAAGCAGUCCUUCACAAAGCAUCUACUGCAGCUUAUGACAUCAUGGGCCGUAGUUUGUGAUGUGUGGUAUUUGGAGCCUCAAAAUCUGAAGCCAGGGGAGACCCCCAUAGAAUUUGCAGAGAGGGUAAGGGACAUAAUUUCUGCUCGGGCAGGUCUUAAGAAGGUUCCUUGGGACGGAUAUUUGAAGCACUCUCGUCCCAGUCCAAAGCACAGAGAGAGGAAGCAACAAAGCUUUGCGGAUUCGGUGCUAAGGCGCCUGGAGGAGAAGUGAUUUUACUCUUUUCGGGUCUGGGCAUGAAGUCUGAAGGGAAGUAUACUUAAAUGGUUGAUAGAGUAAUCGAGUACAAUAAAACUAAUGACAACAUUUUUUUUUUUUUUUUUAAAAGAGUGAAUAAACCUUUGUCUUACAGACCUUUUCGGU